AUGAGGCUACUUAGUUGGAACUGUCAGGGUCUGGGCUCUCCCCUGACAGUUCAAGCUCUCAAGGCCCUUGUGGUCAAAGAGAAGCCCGACCUGUUUGGUGAAGCAUCUGUCUUCCACCUCAACAGGCGCUACCUAUCUCACACUGAUCCAGGUUUUGUAUGGCGGCCCCCUGACCCCGGUGUGUUGCAGAUCAACAUUGAUGGAGCCUUUAAGAUCGGCAGUCACUCCGGUUCAACAACGUACAUAUGUUGCGACCAUACCGGUCAAUUGAAAGAAGGUUUUACCUGUGAAGCUGAAGCUUCCACUACAUUGCAGAUUGAAAUCCAAGCUCUGAAUGUCACUCUGAGGCAUCUUCUGCAGAUCGGUAAGUCUGUCGAUCCCCUCAUCAUCGAUACAGACUGCCUCCAGGUGGUUCAGGCGGUGUACUUUGAGCUUAAGUAUCAUGCCCCUCAGCUAAAGAGAAUAAUUGCUGACCAGCAUGCCCGUUUAGUUGAGGCACAGGAGAGGCUUUUGAAAGUUGAGAGAAAGCAGGCAGUGUUGGAUGAAAGGGUAGAUCAUGCAAUCCAGCAGCAUGAGAUUCUGGAUGAACGUAUAAAAUGUUUAAGGAAGCUACCUGUAGCUCACAAGAAACCACUCUCUAGAGCUGAGCGAGACUUCAAGUCUGAGCUUGCUUGUGCUGCUACCAAGAAGAACUUAGAUGGUUACUAUAUUCCGAAGCUGAGCGUAUUCCACCCAACGUUUAUUCAAGAUCCUACAUGGGCGGUUCAAACUUCCAUCUCGUCAAAAGACUUCCGAACUUUCUUUUACAAUCAAACCCUCGAUCAUUUUAAUUACAGGCCGGAAAGUUACACCACUUUCAAACAAAGAUAUAUUAUCAAUUCCAAAUACUGGGGUGGCGCAAAUGCAAGUGCCCCGAUCUUCGCUUUUCUCGGUGAUGAAGAACCCAUUGACAGCGCCACGACCGGUGCUGGGUUCAUGACGGAUAACGCGGCUGAGUUUAAAGCGCUUUUGGUCUAUAUAGUGCAUCGUUUUUAUGGUGAAUCAAUUCCAUAUGGGUGGACACUCGAUAAAGCACUAAAAGACGCUAAUACUCGCGGAUAUUUCAGCUCGGCGCAAGCACUUGCCGAUUACGCGGAAAUCCUUUUAUAUUUGAAACAGAAAUUGAAUGCCAAACAUUCUCCGAUAAUUGUCAGUGGAGGAUCAUACGGGGAAGUAAUGCUAGCUGCAUGGCUUCGAUUGAAGUACCCUCAUGUGGCGCUCGGAGCAUUGGCAUCAUCUGCUCCAAUUCUCGCCUUUCCGGACAUCAUGCCUCGGGAUACAUUCUAUUCAGGAGUUGCAAAAGAUUUUCAGGAAGCUAGUUUUUCUUGCCACCAAACCAUUAGAAGAUCCUGGGAGGAAAUUGAUAGAGUCGCUUCUGAGCCUCAUGGUCUCGCAAAAUUGAGCAAAACUUUCAAAACUUGCGGACCACUGGAAAGUUCUUCACAGCUCAAGGAGUACUUAAAAUCAGUCUAUGUAGAGGCUGCCCAGUACAAUGAUCCAUUCAGACGUCCAGUGGAAGUGAUAUGCAAUGCCAUUAAUGGAGCUUCUCCCAGAAAUGACACUCUCAGGAAGAUUUUCGCAGGCCUAGCGGCUUCCGACCGAAAUUCGACCUGUUACAUCAACCCACCUCCUACACCUCCAUCUCAAACUGAAUUGGGUUGGCAUUGGCAGACAUGUACCGAGAUUGCAGCCCUUUGGAGCAUCACCAACAAUACUAUGUUUCAACCAGCUCCCUCUGGCCUAGAUAAAUUUGUGACUGGCUGCAAAAGAGACUUCAGCAUCGCACCUCGGCAACACUGGAUCUCUACUUAUUACGGUGGUCAAGACAUAAAACUUGUUUUGCACAGGUUCGCUAGUAAUAUUAUUUUCUCCAAUGGGCUUCAAGAUCCUUUUAGCUAUGGAGGGAUUUUGAAGAGUAUUUCAAAUUCUGUCGUCGCGGUCUACACAGCUAAAGGUUCUCAUUGUUUGGACAUAAUGCCAGCUACAAAAAAAGAUCCUAAAUGGUUGGUCAAUCAGCGGAAAACCGAGGUUGAGAUUAUAAGAAAAUGGAUAGCCACAUAUCAUGCGGAUCUUCGAAAAGGGACAUCAGAUCCUAAGGGUGUAUCGGAGGUGAAUGCGAAGGAUCCCAAGCUUGGUGAUGAUCCUGACUCUUCGGAGUGCUCAGCAGUGGGCUCCAGCUAA